UUUACACGUCGAUUUAUUCUGUUCCAGAAAUUACAUUUAGAUUUUUGAGAAGCUUCAACCACCAUAAUUUUUUAAACAAUGGAGGAAAAUAACUCUUUGAAUAACUUAGUUGAUUUCAAUUAUUCUCUUCUAAAAGAAUUAAAUUUAUCAUGGAAAAAUAUAUACUUACAAAUCGAAAGAAGAAAAAGUGGUAGUUAUCUACGAGAUUUUCUAAAAGGUAGACAAGUAGAAACUGUACAACUUCUGAAUGGAGUUCAGGGUUAUGUCAAAUCCCGUACGCUAACUGCCAUUAUGGGUCCAAGUGGGGCUGGUAAGACAAGUCUUUUGGCAACGAUAAGUCUAAGAAUGAAAGGUAAAUUGUCAGGAGAGGUGCUACUCAAUGGUGAACAAGUUGACAUUGAAAUAAUGUCUCGAAUGUCUGGUUUUGUUCCUCAACAAGAUCUUGCAAUUGAAUCUUUGACAGUAUAUGAACAUAUGGAAUUUAUGGCACGAAUGAAAAUGGAUAGAAAUGUCUCAUCCCUUGCUCGAAAACAAAGAAUAUUCAUCCUAUUAUCCGAAUUGGGUUUGAUAAAAUGUAGCAAAACUAAAUUAUCCAAGUUAUCUUGUGGCGAAAGAAAACGAGUGUCACUCGCUGUACAGUUAUUAAUUGAACCACGAGUUUUAUUUUGUGAUGAACCAACAACUGGCCUUGACAGUUUUGCUGCUAUGACAGUGACAAAAACUCUGCGAGAUGUAGCAGCGCGAGGAUGUAUAGUUAUAUGUUCAUUACAUCAACCAGCAUCUGGCUUACUAGAUUUAUUUGAUCAAAUAAUAUUACUUUCCAAUGGAAGAUUGGUAUUUCAAGGCAGUUCAGUUGAAGCGCUCGAGUUCUUUAGCAGUAUAGGCAUUCAAUGUCCAACAACUUUUAAUAGUGCAGAGUUUUUCGUAAAACAACUUUCUAUUGAACGAGGAAGAGAAAUGGAUAGUCAAAAAAAGGUCAAAUGGAUUUGCGAUGAAUUUGAAAAAUCAAUGUAUGGUGAACGAGUCGCUCGAUCAAUUGAGGAAUCGUGUUUUAAAACAACAUAUAGUGAUAUUCCCCAUCCUAUUUUUUCUAUUGGAUUAUUGCCAGCUAGCGAAUUUAAGCGUGUAAGAUCAUUUUGCCAACUACAAUGGUUAUUAUGGAGAACGUACGUUGAUUACAAACGCAAUAUCUCAUCAAUAUUUUUGCGAUUCUGUUUGUACAUGUUUAUAAGUGUUUUACUUAGUACACCAUAUGUUGGAGUUGUUAGUAAUCUGGAUCAAAAAGGAAUACAAAAUUUGCAAGGUCUUUUAUACCUUGUAAUAACGGAAACAAUUUUCACAUUUAAUUAUGCAGUAUUUUAUACAUUUCCAAAUGAGCUUCCUCUACUGUUACGUGACGUUGCAAGUAAUUUAUAUAAUCCUGCUCCAUAUUAUAUCAGCAAAAUUGUUAUAUCCAUUCCAGGAUGUAUUUUGCAGCCAUUGAUUUAUACAAGUUUCAUCUAUUACGUUGUAGGAUUGAAUGGUGAUUAUAUGGACUUUUUUUUGUUUGUUUUGCCUGUGAUAUUGAGUGCUUUUUCGGCCACUGCAAUGGGAUACUUUAUGUCUGCCGUUUUCGAGUCUGUAGAUACAGCAUCAUUGGUAUCAGUUCCAAUCGAUUUUUUAACUCUCAUUUUCAGUGGAUUAUUUUUGCAACUUGGUAAUUUGCCCGUAUUGAUCGGUUGGAUGAAGUAUUUAUCACAUUUUUACUAUGGCGUAGAAGCUAUUUCUCUAACACAAUGGAAAAAAAUGGAAAAAAUCGAGUGCUCGCUUGAUCCUGAAGAGCCGUGUUUAUCAACAGGGAUGAUGGUUUUAGAAAAAUAUGGUUACAACAUUAAUCAUUAUGCAGUUGACUGUUUUGGUUUAAUAGCGAUUUUCGUUUCAAGUCAUUUAGCUGGAUAUCUUGCUAUAAAAAAUAGAAGUCAUCAACAACCUGUGUAUUAAAUUUACAAUGUACAAUAAAAAUAUUUUAAUUAAUCAAUAUGAAAAUCUUCGCAGAUAUAAAUUUUUUUUUUACUUUUAAUUAAUGCAACAUUUUAGCCAGGGCAGUGCUACGAGCUCGUUUGAAAGUCUUCUUUGGAAGAAGCAGGGUUAGAACUCGAUGAUUACCGGUCUACUUCGAAAGCGUGAAUGUUCAUAGACUUAAGGAGGCUCGAUCGAAAACGUAAUUCAUUUACUAUCCUCAUGAAAUUUUAACACAUGAUAGUUUGUUCGAGAAAUAUUCGAAUAAGCACAGGCGCAGGGCUUGUACACACACACGUUCACGUGUG